GGGGCACCUGCACUGUCUGGAAUGCACAGCCUUAGCCCCGAAACAGAAUGCAUUGCACAGUGCUUAGUGUUAGAUUUAUGGAAUGGCUCCUCUCCCAGCCUGGUCCCCGCUCUUCUCCUAUCUGGUGCUUUGUUGCUAUCGAAACACAGCUUUACUUUCUAAGCCAUUGUGAUGGAGCAAGGGGGAGGAGGCUGUGACGGGCAGCGGUGGUAGUAGUCGUGAAUGACACAGCUUUGCCAGAUGACAUGUAGCGGACCUCUGCAUCAGCCAAGAGGAAUUAAGCUUUGUCUCUCCCUACUGGGACUACCUUUCUCCUGGUAUGUGCGCAAGGAAUUCAUAUGCUGCUGCUCGCCGCCGCAGCCACCAGAGCAGAGCCCCGAGUACACUUUGCCUGAGAAGCAGGGCGCAAGAAUGAUAGCUGUCUCCUUUAAAUGCCGCUGUCAGAUUCUAAGGCGACUUACCAAAGAUGAGAGUCCCUACACUAAAUCUGCCAGCCAGACAAAGCCGCCUGACGGAGCAUUGGCUGUGAGGAGACAGAGCAUCCCAGAAGAGUUCAAGGGCUCCACCGUGGUGGAGCUGAUGAAGAAGGAGGGCACCACGCUCGGGUUGACGGUAUCAGGAGGAAUCGACAAGGAUGGCAGGCCAAGAGUGUCCAACCUGCGGCAGGGAGGAAUUGCUGCCAGAAGUGACCAGCUGGAUGUGGGCGACUACAUCAAAGCCGUGAAUGGAAUCAACCUGGCCAAAUUCCGCCAUGACGAGAUCAUCAGCUUGCUGAAAAAUGUUGGGGAAAGAGUUGUCCUGGAAGUGGAGUAUGAGCUCCCACCAGUCUCUGUACAAGGGUCGAGUGUUAUGUUCCGAACAGUGGAGGUCACUUUGCACAAGGAAGGCAACACCUUCGGCUUUGUCAUUCGAGGGGGAGCACACGAUGACAGAAAUAAGUCUCGUCCAGUUGUGAUAACCUGUGUUCGUCCCGGAGGGCCUGCUGACAGAGAGGGCACCAUCAAACCUGGAGACAGGUUGCUCAGUGUGGAUGGAAUUCGGCUUCUUGGAACCACCCAUGCUGAGGCCAUGAGCAUUCUUAAACAGUGUGGACAAGAGGCGACGCUCCUGAUAGAAUACGAUGUCUCCGUGAUGGAUUCUGUGGCAACAGCAUCCGGGCCACUACUAGUUGAAGUUGCCAAAACUCCUGGCGCCAGCCUUGGGGUUGCCCUAACUACCUCAGUGUGCUGUAACAAACAGGUCAUCGUCAUAGACAAAAUCAAAUCUGCAAGUAUUGCAGACAGAUGUGGGGCGCUACAUGUGGGCGACCAUAUCCUCUCCAUUGACAGCACGAGCAUGGAGUACUGUACGCUCGCAGAAGCGACCCAGUUCCUGGCCAACACCACUGACCAGGUCAAGCUGGAGAUUCUCCCGCACCAUCAGACCCGCCUGGCCCUGAAGGGACCUGACCACGUGAAAAUUCAAAGGAGCAGCAGACAACUUCCCUGGGAUUCCUGGGCCAGCAACCCGAGCAGCCUUCACACCAACCAUCACCAUAAUCCGUACCACCCAGACCAUUGCAGAGUGCCGGCCCUGACUUUCCCGAAAGUGCCUCCUCCAAACAGUCCUCCGGCGAUGGUGUCCUCAUCUUCUCCUACCUCCAUGAGUGCGUACAGCCUGAGUUCCCUGAACAUGGGGACUUUACCUCGAAGCCUCUACUCCACUAGCCCACGAGGAACCAUGAUGAGGAGGAGGCUGAAAAAGAAAGACUUCAAAAGCUCACUGUCUUUAGCCUCUAGCACUGUGGGAUUGGCUGGACAGGUGGUUCACACGGAAACCACGGAGGUUGUGCUGACGGCUGAUCCUGUCACGGGCUUUGGAAUCCAACUGCAGGGCAGCGUGUUUGCCACAGAGACGCUCUCCUCGCCGCCUCUGAUUUCCUAUAUUGAAGCUGACAGCCCAGCAGAGAGAUGUGGGGUGCUGCAGAUUGGAGACAGAGUCAUGGCCAUUAACGGAAUUCCGACGGAAGACAGUACCUUCGAGGAAGCCAAUCAGCUCCUGCGAGACUCUUCCAUCACAAGCAAAGUCACACUGGAAAUUGAGUUUGAUGUUGCAGAGUCUGUCAUCCCAAGUAGUGGAACAUUUCACGUAAAACUGCCUAAGAAGCACAGCGUGGAGCUUGGAAUAACCAUCAGUUCACCAUCCAGUAGAAAACCUGGCGACCCUCUUGUCAUUUCAGAUAUCAAGAAGGGCAGUGUGGCACACAGAACUGGAACGCUGGAACUUGGAGAUAAGUUGCUUGCGAUAGAUAACAUCCGGCUGGACAACUGUUCCAUGGAAGACGCAGUCCAGAUCCUCCAGCAGUGUGAAGACCUGGUGAAGCUCAAAAUCCGCAAGGAUGAAGAUAACUCAGAUGAGCAAGAAAGUUCCGGAGCGAUUAUUUAUACAGUGGAGCUGAAGCGCUAUGGGGGGCCCCUUGGCAUCACAAUUUCAGGAACUGAAGAGCCCUUUGAUCCUAUAAUCAUCUCAAGCCUCACUAAAGGGGGAUUAGCUGAAAGGACUGGAGCGAUCCACAUCGGAGAUCGAAUCCUAGCCAUCAAUAGCAGCAGCUUGAAGGGAAAGCCUCUGAGUGAAGCCAUCCACUUGCUACAGAUGGCAGGAGAGACUGUCACCCUGAAAAUUAAGAAACAGACAGAUGCCCAAUCAGCAUCAAGUCCCAAGAAGUUCCCCAUCCCCAGCCACUCGAGUGACCUGGGAGAUGGUGAAGAGGACUCCUCCCCAAUACAGAAGCCUGGCAAGCUCUCUGAUGUGUACCCCUCCACGGUGCCCAGCGUGGACAGUGCUGUGGACUCCUGGGAUGGGUCUGGAAUUGAUGCCAGCUAUGGGAGUCAAGGCUCCACUUUUCAGACUUCAGGAUACAGUUUCAACACCUAUGAUUGGAGGAGUCCAAAACAAAGAGGCAGCCUGUCCCCAGUCCCCAAGCCUCGAAGCCAGACUUAUCCAGACGCGGGGCUGAGUAAUGAAGACUGGGAUCGGUCCACAGCCAGCGGCUUCGCAGGGGCCUCUGACAGUGCAGAGGCUGAACAAGAGGAAAACUUCUGGUCUCAAGCACUGGAGGACCUGGAGACCUGCGGCCAGUCGGGGAUCCUGAGAGAGCUUGAGGAGAAAGCUGACAGGCGUGUGUCAUUGAGAAACAUGACUCUCUUGGCAACAAUCAUGUCGGGGAGCACCAUGAGUUUGAAUCAUGAGGCUCCAACGGCUCGCAGUCAGCUGGGGCGGCAGGCCAGCUUCCAGGAACGGAGCAGUUCACGGCCACACUACAGCCAAACAACUCGCAGCAACACCCUGCCCUCAGACGUGGGCAGGAAGUCGGUAACCCUGAGGAAAAUGAAGCAAGAAAUGAAGGAGAUCAUGUCCCCAACUCCCGUGGAGCUUCACAAGGUGACCUUAUAUAAGGACUCCGGCAUGGAGGACUUCGGGUUCAGUGUGGCAGACGGCCUGCUGGAGAAAGGGGUGUAUGUCAAAAAUAUCCGCCCAGCCGGGCCAGGUGAUCUCGGCGGCUUGAAGCCCUAUGACAGGCUCUUACAGGUUAACCACGUCCGGACCAGGGAUUUUGACUGCUGUCUGGUAGUGCCGCUCAUAGCCGAAUCGGGCAACAAGCUGGACCUGGUCAUUAGCAGAAACCCACUGGCCUCCCAGAAGUCAAUAGAGCAGCAGGCUCUGCCAGGAGACUGGAGCGAACAGAACAGCGCUUUCUUCCAACAGCCCAGCCACGGGAUUCCCGUAGAGGCCAUAUACUUUUGGCAAAGCCUGUGAGAAAGACCAUCAUCCCCUUCCACGAGCAAACUUUGGGCUGAUGUCAUCAGGCAAGGACGUGAGCCAGCACACCACAGUCCCCAAGUUCACGCUUACGUUCACAGAUCUGCAAUACUGGUCUUGGUCAAAGUAGAAAGGCUCCAGCAGACUCAGGCCUGGGGCUGAGUAACACUGCCAUUUUCUCUUUGUACCACCACACGAAAUCAUAACCCUCACCCAAUGUCGGUGAGAAGAAAUAUAACUCAAGAAAUUUUUUUUUGAAGGCUCUUUCUUUAGAAUUGUCCCUUUAUCGCACUGGUCAAAAAGCCUCGCUUCAGGGCUUUUGCAAGGCUACUUUCACGAGGGGGGGGGUCACACUAAGAUGGAAAUGUCAUAUCAAAUGUCAUAUCUGCACCGGGGUAUAGAAUGAGGCUUAGAAUCACCAUGGAUACUUCUAUUGCCAUGGAAGAAAAAGGACAGUCUGUUUCCCCACAAAACAUGUCGCUAAUACUAAUUCUGAUUAGUGAUACCUGGCUCCACCCUACGCCCAGGCCAAACACAUAUGUGCCAUUCUUGGCUCAACCCCAGCCGUACCUCACUCAUCUUCGGGACCCAUCAGCUCAGCCCCUUAGCAUCUCUCCUCCUUCCCUGUUGUAAGCACCUGACUUUUAGACCAAUCACCGUCCAUACCCAGGGUUUCUUUAUGCUAGGAACUUACGAUUUCUCCCCUAAUCACCAUCCAUUACAUCAAGGUCAAGGUCACCUCCUUAAAUUUCAACUCACAAGCACUUACAAUGUUCCUAGGGAUCUCCACUCCAAUCAGAAUGGACAGUCUCUUCAGAAGACUCUCUGUCCAUCCGUCCUGACUGCCCUGUGUCUGCAGCCCUACCUCUCAACUGCAUACCGAGCUCUCCCAGUCAUCUGCCGUCACCUCACAGUUAAACUCUUUGACAGGCAGACUCUUAGAGACCGUUAUAUGCCCCGUACCUUCUUCAGGCAGUGGUCAUGAGUAUCACCCUUUAGAACCUGGGCAGGUUCAUUAGCACUUUCGUCUCAACUGAACCCCACCUAGCAAAUCUGUAGCAGGUACAUUAAUCAACCGACCGGUAAGCGUCUCUUGGAACCAUCUCUAAGCGGAGCAACUAUUACCGCCUGCCAGGGGAAGACGCGUGAUUUCCUCAAACAAGGUCAUCUUGUGUCUCUUUCCUCUCAGUAAAUGGCUCUGCUCUUGCCCAAACUGUUUCAGCCAGAAGGCAGGGAAUCAUUCAGGAUUAUCCCCUUUUGCCUUCUCCCAUCUAGUCACCCUGUUGACAGCUACAUCUCCAAAAUAUAAAAGUCAAAAGGAAGAGAUGAAUAAAAAAAUUAAUUGAUUCCCUUAGUGAAUUGGUCAAUAAAAACAGUUGACUGACUGAAGCCAAAAGGUGACAGCGAGAAAUCCCAUGGUGCUGGGAGAGCUAGUCUAGACCGAGAAGCCUCAAGAGCCCACUUACGGCACAGUGAGUGAGCCUUUACCCAAAGGAACUGAGUGAGCAUCCCAGAGAGUGGAGUAUAUGGGAAGGAUGGUGAGCAGGCAAUGGGAAUAACCAACCAGUUCAUCCCCCAGUGAUGGAUGAGGAAAGAGCUAACACCAAGCGGACACAGAAGAGCAGCUUGGGAAAGAGGUGAGACACCAGCGGUCUUGAGGUCCUGACGGCACAGGGAUACCCUGACAGAAAUAGACAGUCCCGUCCGGGCCCACUGCAGAGGGCAAGGUUUAAAGGAAACAUG